AUGAUAAAUUACUGCUACAUUGUAUAACCAAUUAAAUUAUAAGAAUUACUUAGCACAAUCAAAUAUUUUGCCCAACUAUUUCAAUCAAAGUAAUAACUAAUAUAUGAUAUUGCCGAUGCUCUUCAAUAUAAAUUUGUUCAACAAAAUGAAAUAAUCUUUAAAUAAGGUGAUUAAGGAGAUUUAUUUUACAUUGUGCUUUAAGGUAUAAUAUUAAUAAAAAAUCUUAAGGAACUGUUUCAAUUUAAAUAAAUAUUCCAUAAGAGGAUAUAUUUGUACCAAAAGAAGUUGCGACAAUAACAGAAGGGGGAUCAUUUGGAGAAUUGGCUUUACAAAGUAGUUAAGCAAGAACUGCCACAAGUAUUUCUGUUACUGAUUGUCAUUUUGCCACAAUUGAUAAAACAACAUAUAAACAAUUAAUUGGAGAUUAUAAUAAAAAUCAGUUAGAUUAAAAAAUAGCGUUUCUUUCAAAAUACCCUUGGUUUUAAUAAUGGUCAUUAAGAGAAAUGAAAAUGCUUGCUUAUGAACUUAAUGAAAAACAAUAUGAUUAUGGAGAUAGGAUAAAUUUAAAAAAUCAUAUUGGAAUGAUAAAUAAAGGAUAAGUUGAAUUGAAAAGAGUGAUAGAAAAAAGAGGAAUUUAAGAUCAUCCAAUGAAGAUUUCUAAAUUAAUGAAACAUUAAUUAUCAGUAGAAAUAUUGGAUGAAAAUAAAAUAAUAGGAGAAUUAAAUUUUUUGGAUGAAGAAGGAAAUUUAAAAUUUAUGAUAAAUAAAUAUAAUAAACCUUAUGUAAAAAGUGCAGCAGAACCUGAAACUAAAGAAUUUAUUUAAACAUGUUAAAAAAGCAAAGGAAUUUAUGAAGCUGUCUGUUAUUCUAAUCAUGUUAGUGUUUAUUUUUUAAAAAUAAGCACUAUUGAAGAUAGAUUUUAUGAUUAAUUAACUAGAUAAUUAUUUUAAGUAAUCAAAUUAUAAAUAUAGAUUCUUUUUAUAGAUUGAAAUUAAAAAGCUAUUAAAUGUACGAAUUAAGAAAGCACAUAAUCUACAAUAAGAAUAUGAUAAACAAUUUUAAGAAAGUUUAGAAGAAUAAUAAGUAAAGAUGAGAAUCUCAGGAUUUUAAAGUAGAAAAGUUACUCCAGUGAAAAUAGGAACUAUAAUUAGAAGUUAGAAUAAUGAAGAAUGGGUUUAAGAUAGUCAAUAUUAAAAGAAAUUUGAGAAAAAUCUACCUCAUGGUGUUUAAUAUAGAUACUCUAGAAUCUAUGACUUAGAAGAGAAAUCUUAAUACAUUAAAAUAUUAGAAGAUAGAUAUAAUAAAUUAAAGACUGAAGAGAAUGAAGCAUAAGAUAAUUUAAAAUUAACUUUUACAUAAAUGAAUUGUAGUUAUUAUAGAUUGAAAAGUCACUUUGAGAGAUAAAAAUUCAAUAAGUUAUUUUUUUAAGCAUACUUAAAAAAAAAAAAUGAAUAAAAAUGA